AUGGACGAUGUACUCAUCGCUCAAUUGCCUCCGCUCAUCCUCAGAUCAGCUUUGAGAGCUUUGGUAUCUCAGGGAAGAGCUUCGCAAGCCAUAUUUGUUGAUCAUGUCCAGAGAAGACUGAGAGCAUCUCCUCCUUCUUUCAUACCUCCUGCAGAGUUGUUCAAUCACGACGCCCCGAAAGCUCCUCAAUUUCUGGCUUCUGUACGGUGCAUGUUCUCCAGCAAAAUCGCUGCUGAAUCUCUUCCGUAUCUCAGUUACUUUUUUACCUCCAUCGCACAAGCUCGCCUUCUCUGGGCAUCAGAAAGCGAGCUAGAAACCAUGCUUAUAAGAGCUUGUGGAGAUGUUGUACAAGCUAUGCAAGCACUCAAGGAAAGCCGACCUUCUAGAACAGAAGAGUUACAAAGCAGGUUGCUAGAACUUCAACGGGCGCUGUUGACAUGCGAUACCUAUAGUCUCGAGAAGGGACUGUCUCGUCCAUUCACUCGGGCACGAGUUCAGGUUACUGACGCUUAUUCUUGGUUUUUCCCGGAUAACGCCUUGCUUGAUAUCCCCGAAUACCAUGUUAGGCCUCAAAUUUCAAAUUGGGUCAAAUCACGUCCCAAUGCAGGAACUAUGGUGACGACCCUAUACACCCCUCUGGGCACUCUGAAAAUACCGAGGUUGUUCAAUGGUCUUUGGCAACUAUCUUCUCCUGCCUGGGGUUCUGCAACGAGUAAACAGCAGAACGCCGCUCUUGGACGACUGGUAGAAGCAGGUCUGGUAGCGACUGAUAUGGCUGACCACUAUGGAGAUGCUGAACUUGUAUAUGGACUAUUUCGUGCAAGUUUGCCACCAGCGGUCGCUACCACGGUCGUUGCUGCUACCAAAUGGUGUAUAUUUCGACAACCUGAGAUCGAUAUAUCACGUCAAUUCGUCAUGGAAGCUGUUCAAGAACGAUCAAGACGGCUUGGAGGACGAAUCGAACUGCUGCAAUUCCAUUGGUAUGAUUAUUCAAACAAGGACUACCUGUUCAUUCUUUCCGAGUUGGUGAAAAUAUCAAGAUCACAUCCAGAGCUCGUUUCAAAUAUUGGUCUUUGUAAUUUUGAUGCUGUGCAUACAGAGGAAGCAUGCCUGCACAUUUUGUCGGAAAUCGGAGAAGUCGGCCUGGUUUCCAAUCAAGUUCAGUACUCGCUGAUAGACAGCCGCCCAUCGAUUCAGUUAGCUGAAGUUUGUAAUAAAUACGAACUCAAAAUCCUGACUUACGGCUCCUUGUGCGGUGGAUUCAUCGCAGAGAAAUGGCUCGGCGUUGAGGCUCCGGAUAUUUACAGUGAAUCGCUGCAGUUGACGCCCUCUCAGAGAAAGUAUUUCGAUAUGAUAACGACAUGGGCAUCUUGGAGUGACUUCCAAAGCUUGCUACAGAGGCUUAAGCACAUAGCAGACAAGCAUCAUGUCGACCUCACAAACGUAGCCACGCGUUGGGUCCUUGAUCGUCCUGCAGUGGCAGUUGUGAUUGUUGGCACCCGCCUUGGUGUGUCAGAGCACAUCGAGUCGAACCUCAAGGUGUUUUCUUUGCAAUUGGACGAAAAUGAUACGAAGAGUCUCAAUAAUCUGGUGUUGAAGCGUGCUGAAAAGGUUUAUAAAAUUAUUGGGGAUUGUGGAAAUGAGUAUAGGUAG